CCUCAAGUAGCAAAGCACGAAGGAGGAGCAGCGAAAUAUCCUGCUUCGGCCACGAGUGUCUCCUUGGGACACACUUCAGUCCUGCUGUCCCCUCUCCUCAAGGGGCUCUGGGACCUUUGUGAUUCCCGUCAAGUUCACUCAAGGGCCUGCGAGGACCUAACGAGCCCUUCAGGAUCACCUCCACGGAGCUGAGCAUGACACGGGACGAGGCACUGCCGGACUCACAUUCCGCACAGGGUUUCUAUGAGAACUAUGAGACCAAAGAGAUCCUGGGCAGGGGAGUUAGCAGUGUCGUCAGGCGCUGUAUCCACAAGCCCACGUGCCAGGAGUACGCCGUGAAGAUCAUUGACAUCACCGGCGGGGGCAGCUUCAGUGCCAAGGAGGUGCAGGAACUGCGACAGGCCACGCUGAAGGAGGUGGACAUCCUGCGCAAGGUGUCAGGGUACCCCAACAUAAUACAGCUGAAGGACACUUAUGAGAACAACACUUUCUUCUUCUUGGUGUUUGAUCUGAUGAAGAGAGGGGAGCUCUUUGAUUACCUCACUGAGAAGGUCACCCUGAGUGAGAAGGAAACCAGGAAGAUUAUGAGGUCCCUACUGGAGGUGAUCUGCACCUUGCACAAACUCAACAUCGUACAUCGGGAUCUGAAGCCCGAGAACAUCCUCUUGGAUGAUGACAUGAACAUCAAGCUCACAGACUUUGGCUUUUCCUGCCAGCUGGAGCCAGGACAGAAGCUACGAGAGAUCUGUGGCACUCCCAGUUACCUGGCCCCUGAGAUCAUUGAGUGCUCCAUGAACGAUGACCACCCAGGCUACGGGAAGGAGGCGGAUAUGUGGAGCACAGGGGUCAUCAUGUACACCCUGCUGGCCGGCUCCCCGCCCUUCUGGCACCGGAAGCAGAUGCUGAUGCUGAGGAUGAUCAUGAGUGGCAACUACCAGUUUGGCUCACCUGAGUGGGAUGACUACUCCGACACCGUGAAAGACUUGGUUUCCCGCUUCUUGGUGGUGAACCCUCAGGGCCGCCUUUCAGCAGAAGAGGCCUUAGCGCAUCCCUUCUUCCAGCAGUAUGAUGUGGAAGAAGUGCGCCACUUCAGCCCUAGGGGGAAGUUCAAGGUGAUCGCUCUGACAGUGCUGGCUUCAGUGCGGAUCUACUACCAGUACCACCGGGUGAAGCCUGUGACCCGGGAGAUCGUCAUUCGUAACCCCUAUGCCCUCCGGCCUCUGCGCCGACUCAUCGAUGCCUACGCUUUCCGAAUCUACGGCCACUGGGUGAAGAAGGGCCAGCAGCAGAACCGGGCUGCCCUCUUUGAGAACACACCCAAGGCCGUGCUCCUCUCCCUGGCUGAGGAGGACUACUGAGGUGCUGGUGGCAGGGCUGGGGGAGUAAGGGGCAGGCAGGGAAGGGAAGCCACAGAAGUGUUAGUCAAAGGGGUGAGACUGUGUGCUGGCCUCUGUGCUGAGGGCAGACUUGGUCCUAACAAGGCCUCCUGGGACUGGGCCAUUACUCCUCUCAGAGGCUCUGCAGGAGAGCAGGGCACCCCCAUCACACAGUGGGAAGUACAGCUGGGGCCAGGCCGGGGACCAGAUGUGGUCCGACUGCCAGGAGCCUUCCUGCUCCUCUUCUUGCCAGUUGUGCCACUGCCUCAGCUUCUCCUCACGGGAGGCCCAGAGCUACUGACACCAGGAUGCACUUCCCUCAGGGUCCCAGAAUGAGGAUGAAGGCCAGGCAACAGUCUGAGAUGCACAAUCACGGGAGACUUUACUGGCCUCACAACGUCCAUGGGAGCAGGUUCUUCUCAAGAGGACAGUUUUUCUAGAAGCAUAUAGAAGCCCUUAUGUAAUUAACAAUAGAAAGGAAAACAUCUCACAUUUGUCUUUC